GCGAGCGCCGUGAGUUACAGUCGAGACUCAGAGAAAACACGAGAAACACGGAGACAAGAGAAAAAGACACGCCCUUGAGAUUAGUGCUUAUUACUACAGUUCUCAGUACUCCUUACAGAAAUUAGUGGAGAUUUGACACAAGAUCACCGUCAAGAUGCGAUUGGUCUGCCUGUUCCUGCUGGUGGCCGGCAGCGUGUUUGCCGAAGAGGACGACAAGAAGGAAAGUUUUGGGACCGUGAUUGGAAUAGACCUCGGGACGACCUACUCGUGUGUUGGAGUGUUCAAGAACGGCCGUGUCGAGAUCAUCGCUAAUGACCAGGGAAACCGCAUCACUCCGUCAUACGUGGCCUUCACCACCGAAGGUGAGCGUCUCAUCGGAGACGCUGCGAAGAACCAGCUGACCUCUAACCCCGAGAACACCGUCUUUGACGCCAAGAGGUUGAUCGGCCGCACAUGGGGCGACUCGUCCGUGCAGCAGGACAUUAAAUACUUUCCCUUUAAGGUUAUUGAGAAGAAGAGCAAGCCUCACAUCCAGCUGGACAUCGGAUCAGGUCAGAUGAAGACUUUCGCCCCUGAGGAAAUCUCUGCUAUGGUUCUGACUAAAAUGAAGGAGACCGCAGAGGCUUACCUGGGAAAGAAGGUCACACAUGCUGUGGUCACUGUGCCCGCUUAUUUCAAUGAUGCCCAGCGCCAGGCCACCAAAGAUGCAGGAACCAUCGCCGGCCUGAUCGUCAUGAGGAUCAUCAAUGAGCCAACCGCCGCUGCCAUCGCUUACGGUCUGGACAAGAGGGACGGUGAGAAGAACAUCCUGGUGUUUGAUCUCGGCGGCGGCACCUUCGACGUUUCCCUGCUGACCAUCGAUAACGGCGUCUUCGAGGUGGUGGCCACUAAUGGAGACACUCACCUCGGCGGCGAAGACUUCGAUCAGCGCGUCAUGGAGCACUUCAUCAAGCUCUACAAGAAGAAGACCGGUAAGGACGUGCGCAAGGACAACCGCGCCGUGCAGAAAUUGCGUCGUGAGGUGGAGAAGGCCAAGAGAACACUGUCCACCCAGCAUCAGGCCCACAUUGAGAUCGAGUCCUUUUUCAAGGGUGAAGACUUCUCCGAGACGCUGACCCGCGCCAAGUUUGAGGAGCUCAACAUGGACUUGUUCCGCUCCACAAUGAAACCAGUGCAGAAGGUUCUGGAAGACUCUGACCUGAAGAAGACUGACAUUGACGAGAUCGUCCUGGUCGGUGGCUCCACUCGUAUUCCCAAGAUCCAGCAGCUGGUGAAGGAGCUCUUCAACGGCAAGGAGCCAUCCAGAGGAAUCAACCCCGACGAGGCCGUGGCUUACGGAGCCGCUGUUCAGGCCGGAGUCCUGUCCGGAGAAGAGGACACUGGUGACCUGGUGCUUCUGGACGUUUGCCCUUUGACCCUGGGCAUUGAGACGGUCGGAGGAGUGAUGACCAAACUCAUUCCCAGGAACACCGUCGUGCCCACCAAGAAAUCCCAGAUCUUCUCCACCGCUUCUGACAACCAGCCAACCGUGACCAUCAAAGUUUAUGAAGGUGAGCGUCCGCUGACUAAAGAUAACCACCUCCUGGGCACCUUUGACCUGACCGGCAUCCCUCCGGCUCCCCGCGGCGUCCCUCAGAUCGAGGUCACCUUCGAGAUCGACGUCAACGGCAUCCUGCGCGUCACCGCCGAGGACAAGGGCACGGGCAACAAGAACAAGAUCACCAUCACCAACGACCAGAACCGGCUGACCCCCGAGGACAUCGAGCGCAUGGUGAACGAGGCCGAGCGCUUCGCCGAUGAGGACAAGAAGCUGAAGGAGCGCAUCGACGCCCGCAAUGAGCUGGAGAGCUACGCCUACUCCCUGAAGAACCAGAUCGGGGCAAAUUGCUCUUUCUUUAAAUAA